GGACCUUUCUCCUCCUAUCCUUUUCCCUAUUUAAGCCUCUUCAUUCCUCACCUUCUGCACACAAUCAUAAAUUCCACUGAUUCAUUUCCCUCUCUACAUUAAUUCGCUCUCCGCCAUGGUUCUCUCUAAAACCUCCUCUCAGACCGACGUCUCCGUUCACUCUACCUUCGCUUCCCGUUAUGUCCGCGCUUCUCUUCCCAGGUUCAAGAUGCCGGAGGAGUCGAUUCCGAAGGAGGCGGCGUUUCAGAUUAUAAACGACGAGCUCAUGCUGGACGGCAAUCCGAGGCUGAACCUCGCCUCCUUCGUCACCACGUGGAUGGAACCUGAGUGCGAUAAGCUCAUCAUGGCCGCCAUUAACAAGAACUACGUCGACAUGGAUGAGUACCCUGUCACUACCGAACUCCAGAAUCGGUGCGUGAACAUGAUAGCUCAUCUUUUCAACGCACCUCUCGGAGAUUCAGAGGCCGCCGUCGGUGUUGGCACCGUUGGUUCAUCAGAGGCCAUAAUGUUGGCCGGUUUGGCCUUCAAAAGAAAAUGGCAGAACAAAAGAAAGGCCGAGGGAAAGCCUUAUGACAAACCCAACAUUGUCACAGGAGCCAAUGUUCAGGUUUGCUGGGAGAAAUUUGCUAGGUACUUCGAAGUGGAGCUGAAAGAGGUGAAACUGAGGGAAGGGUAUUACGUAAUGGACCCUGAGAAAGCAGUGGAGAUGGUGGACGAGAACACCAUCUGUGUUGCUGCAAUCCUCGGCUCCACACUGAAUGGAGAGUUCGAAGAUGUCAAGCUCUUGAACGAUCUCCUUACAAAAAAGAACAGUGAAACUGGAUGGGAUACGCCAAUUCAUGUGGAUGCAGCGAGUGGUGGUUUCAUUGCACCAUUCAUAUACCCAGAACUUGAGUGGGACUUCAGGUUGCCUCUAGUGAAGAGCAUCAAUGUGAGUGGGCAUAAGUAUGGUUUGGUCUACGCCGGUAUUGGGUGGGUCAUCUGGAGAAGCAAAGAAGACUUGCCUGAGGAGCUCAUCUUCCACAUCAACUAUCUCGGUGCCGAUCAACCCACCUUCACCCUCAACUUCUCCAAAGGUUCAAGUCAAGUCAUUGCUCAGUACUACCAACUCAUUCGCUUGGGUUACGAGGGAUACAGGAACGUGAUGGAGAAUUGCAGAGACAACAUGCUGGUGCUAAAAGAAGGACUUGAGAAGACAGGGAGGUUCACCAUCGUUUCAAAGGACGAUGGUGUUCCAUUGGUGGCUUUCUCUCUCAAGGACAAAAGCCAAUUCAACGAGUUCCAGGUUUCCGACCUGCUGCGGAGGUUCGGCUGGAUCGUGCCGGCCUAUACCAUGCCUCCCGACGCCCAGCACGUGACCGUGCUCCGCGUCGUCAUCCGCGAGGACUUCUCCAGAACCCUCGCCGAGCGUCUCGUGCUGGACGUCCAGAAGGUCCUGCACGAGCUGGAGUUGCUUCCUCCCAAGGCGGUGUCCACCACCACCGUCACGGUGGCCGAGCAUCAUGAGGAGGUCGUGAACAAUGGCAGCGUCGUGGUCACCAAGAAGAGUGAGUUGGAGACGCAGAGGGAGAUCACUGAUGUUUGGAAGAAGUUCGUGCUGAUGAGGAAGAAGAACAAUGAAAAGAUGAGUGGCGUUUGCUAAAGUAUAUAAGAAAGGCAUUGAUAUGUGGAACAUUUCCGAGAAACUCAGAUUUCCUCGGGUUAUGUCCUUCUUCUUGUUAUGUAUUGCUAGUACCAUAUAGAGAGGUCAAGUGGCCUCGUUUAUGUAGGGUAUUGUUCUUUUUUUGUUUUAUAAUUCCUUUGUAACUCUCGGAUUCUUUUUUGCCUAUUUAUAUAUGCACGCAAACGCGAUGAAA